AUGUCUUUCUCGCUUCAAUCGCGCAUUUCGGUCCACCAGUCCGCUAAUCAAAGGGGAAGCUACGUGCCUUCGCAUAUCGUGGAAGCUGCCCAAAGGCGACGGGAGCGACAGCAGCUCCAAAUCAUUUCCAAGGCUAAGGCAACUACCCAGGUCCAAGUCUCCCUGCCUUGGCCAAAGGUUGAGUUUGUUACUCCUCCCAGGCAGAUCAGGCGCCCUACUGCGCGUCUUUUGAUUGACUCACCACUUCCGCGCCGCGAGAUUUUUCAAGAUCCCGUUCUUCACCAAAGAUUCAUUGACACAGAGUCUCCCCCCAAUCUUGAUCGUUACAGCAAUCAAAAACCUCGACCUAAACCACAGGCCGAAACUGUCAAUACAAAUGACGGUGCCCCCAGCACACCCACACCCAAAACUUCCACUACCUCUACCUCUAUCUCUGACCCCAAUUUUGUUGUUGUCGAUGGCAUACAGACACGCAAGCGUCGCGCCGAAGAUACUGAGAUCGACCUUGUUGCCGCACAAAUCGGUGUCACUGACACUUCCUCCCCUAUCAUUACUCUUCGCCAAGGAGAGACUGUUCCUAGCGAGGAAUCUGGCCAACAGGCCCAUACCUCUAGCCGCAUGCUCGGAAUUACAACAGGAGCCAGAUCUAUCACCAGGAUGAUAUCUAGCCUCUAUUCGGCCUUCACAGGCAUUGGUGAGACGAUCACCAGAAUCUUACGACCUCAGUCCUAUCAAAUUGCAGAAUGUCGCUCUUACUUGAGUGAAAACCAAGUCAGCAACAAGCGUGUCAAGAUUAGCACCAGUUGUGAGGACAACGCGGUCUCCAACACAGGCGCUCCUGGCCAGAGUGCCGGGCUCCGCUGGAUCGACCAAGAUGGCCUUACCACAUUGCUGGCUGACUACAAGUACUUCUCCAAGUCUUUCAUGACAGUCUGGGAAUGCCUCGAGCAAGGAGCCCGACAGGAAGCAAACAAAGACCUGGCACCCCUGAGCACCGACAUAGUCGAUGCCGCCAAUCGUUCUGACGCGUUAAACCAUGACUUUUAUGAUAUCUUCACUUUGCAACUGCAGAGGAUUUACGACUACUUGGACAGAAUCUACGAAGUCGGCGUUAUCGUCAAAAUUCGAGACAACAAUGAAUUUGUUCCUCCUAUUCUUGACUACGGACUCUCUACAGAGUUCGCCGCACACCUCGAAUCGAUGAAGCACUUUCUAUCCGGUCCCGCGCUUCCUGUUGUUUGCAACAAUAUUCUCAAGAAGUAUGGGGAAGAUUACUGGAACGUUUCACAGGCAUUCCUGGAUCGAGUUGUGCUUGAUAUUAAGGCUAUCCUUCGCAACCUUCCUGCCCCAAGCUAUGUCGACUCUGAAGAGUAUCGUGGCAAGCUGCAGGACAUGUUCCCUACCCCACCACGAACUGACCUCGAGACGCGUUUCUUAUUGCCAGGAUCAUUUCCUGAAUCCGAUGAGCUUAAGAAGCAAAUCGACACAAAACCUGAUGAACAAACUGCUUCGACCACUGAGGCAGUAGCUGCAAAACUCGCCGUUCAGGCUAUUCUGCCUGAGCCAGUGCCAUCGUAUCCUCGCCCUGAUGUCCCUCGCCCCCACUACUACAAAACAGACUUUCUUCGCGCUGGGUUUGCUCAUGAGAAGAUCAAGCGGAUAACACCCGCGGAUUAUCGCCAAACCUUUUAUGAGGAAAGCAACGAACAUCAAACCUUGAAGACCAAAUACAUCACCGAAUUCACUCCUAAGGUUCCUCUUACCUCAAAUGAAACCGGAACUCUCCGAUCUAUUCUUCGGAAUCGACGAAAGCAUCCGUCAAAGGUCACGCCCAAGCGUCUUCGCGUAACAGGUCGACCCAAGGCUGUACGCUUUACAGACGACACGAUCAGUCCGAAACCAAGAACACGUCUAGGCCUAGAUGUGCCAAAACAGAUUAACUAUGACCAGGAAACGGGAGAGGCCAUUCCCCCGACCCAGGCAUUUCAGGAGCAACGCCCUCAUUGGACUCGUGGAUGGCUCAACAUACCACCUGCUCCCGCCGAGGAACCACCCAAAAAGACCACAUUUAAUCCUUUGAGCAUUGGUGAAUGUCUCCGCCGUCGCCGCUUAGAAGAACACGAUGGACGUGACUUUCAUACGCGUAUCAAAGAGAUAUUUGAGCUUCCAUCCAUUGACCUCCAGAUCAGUGACGACUCAAGGGCCAGAAUUGACCAUCAAGUCCAAGAGGCCACCCUGAAAGCUGCUGAAGAGGCUCGUUUGGCUGCCGAGGCAGUGCAGCUUGAGGCGGAAGAAAAGGCUCGGAAAGAGCGCGAGGAACGCCUCGCUCGAUCUGGAGGACUUCGCGAGCCUAAUCAGACAUUCGUUGCCCCAGUCUCGCCAGAAUGGCACACAAGGGCAAUGAACACACUCAAUGCUGCAUCGUCCACGAGCCUUGCGAAGUCUGCCGAGGGUGUCGACCUCCGAAAACACGAUUUUGCCAAGAUCGUGUCCUCAACUGAAUGGCUAAAUGACGAAAUUGUCAACGCGUCUCUUGUCUGGCUCGAUCGAGCUAUCAACUCAGCUGCCGGCAUUAAGGAUGUCAAGCGGAACACGCGCAAGAUCUGGACUCCGGGCUCAUUCUUUUUUAAACGCCUUCAAGAUCAGGGUACCGGCAAUACCCAGAGGACCUUGCGCCGAUACGGCAUCGAGAAGAGGAAUUUCCUCGACAUCGACACUAUUCUCUUACCCAUUUGCGAACAUUCGCACUGGACAUUACUCGUUAUUCGGCCCUCCAAGCGAACUGUUGCCCACAUGGACUCGAUCAAUGCAGGUGGCAACCGUUCUUACACCGCGCGUGCCAUGGCGUGGAUCCGAGACAUUUUGGAGGAAAAGUUCGUUGAGGAUGAAUGGAAGACCAUUCUCCACGAGGCUCCUCUACAGAACAAUGGCCACGACUGCGGUGUUCAUACUAUCACUAACGCCAUGUGCCUCUCCUUGGGCAUUAGUCCUAUUGAGGCAUACACUGCUGACGACAUGCCCACUCAACGCAUUCGCAUUGCUUGCAUGCUUCUCAACGGCGGGUUCACGAAUGAUUUUGACCUGCGAGCUUAUUAG